AUGACAGUGAAGGCCAUAUCAGGGCCUACGGAGCCUGUAGCCGGGACCUCAACCAUUCGUAAACGCAAGGCUCAUAAGAAGAGUCGGCUCGGCUGCCGCAACUGCAAGCUCAGAAGAAUCAAAUGCAAUGAGGCUCGGCCGAACUGCGAACAAUGCCUGGGCUUCGGAGUCUUAUGCAACUUUGACCCUAGCAUCCCGGAUCUCCAGCCUUGUUCGGCAACUUCUAACGUCGUCCAAAUUGAGACCGUGAUCGAAAAGUCUCCGCUUGUGACGACGCGGCCUGUUCUGGAUAUAGUGAGCGCUGCCUUGCAGGAAGAAGGUCUUGGCCCGGGCUGGAAAUCAGGGGUAAUGCGAUUCGACAACGACGACCUGGCGCGAUUGGACAAAUUUCAAUCGCGUACAGUUCUGACAAUCGGUAUCAAACGAGUGGCUCGACUUUUGCAGAAAGAAGUCAUCCCUCUCGCCUGUACGCAUCGGUUCCUUAUGCACCUUGUGCAAGUGGUGACAGCUUGCCACGACCGUUAUUUGUGCGGACUUGCCACUGCCAGGCCAAGUCGAGCCGAGACCUAUCAUAUGAGCCAAGCUCUAGCAACCUUUCAAACAAUCCUAUCUCGACCGAUCCACCAUGACGACCGUGACGCUUUGAUGCUGGCAUCUUCUCUCCUUGCCGUCGCAAGCUUCUUCAACCUCGAAGCGUCCACCAUCGAGGAAGUAUGGCCGCUGGCAGAUUCGGACAUGUCGUGGCUCAAUCUGAGCGACGGCAAACGGACGGUCUGGAGAUUGGCCAAACCCUUACGGCCUGGAAGCCUCUGGCAACAGGUUGCUCACAUCUACGAUCGAGAUCCCGUGCUAGCGGCUAAGCUUCCCGAACACGCCCCUUCGAUCUUUGAUCAUCUGUUCAGCAACCACUCAUCCUCACUGUCUGCUGCUGCCAACCCAUAUUAUAGGACAUCCCGGGCUCUUGUGGCUUUACUUGAUCUUGAGUGCAAUGACUCCACCUGGCUCCAAUUCCUCGAGUUCCUCUGCCACACGGAUCCUCCUUACAAGCUCCUGCUUCAGCAACGGGAUCCUUGGGCCCUGCUUAUCCUGUGCUAUUGGUAUAUGAAAGUGUGCAGAGGCGCUUGGUGGAUAUCCUCACGCUGUAUCCUACAGGGCCAAGCGAUUUGUCUGUAUCUCGAGCGCUAUCAUUCGACGGAUGCUACCAUUCGGGCGGGACUGAGACGGCCGAGAAUGGAGUUUGAAGCUGCGCAGGCGGAUGGCUGGGGUGGUAUUUCUUCUGGUAUAAGUAGGCCGCAUUCGGCAGGCGUCCAGCAGUGGACGUAG